CCGGUGCAGCCUCUGGGCGGAAGAGGCGCCGCCUCGCCAUCUCGUGCUCGCGUCUGCCGCCAGAGCGCGAGGAGACGGAGGAGGAGGAGGAGGAGAGCGACGAAGGGACCGAGCGCAGCCAGCGGGGACCAUGCCUGCUGCCGUGCCGCCGCCCCCCUUGCGCUCCGCCGCGGGGCCCGCGCCCUCCUGCGGCUGCCCCUGCUCCCGCCACCAUCCCGAACCUCGAGGAUUUUUUGACCACUCUUUAAACUGCAUAACGGAGAGAAGACUACAGGGCACUUGCCCACCAAUUGGCCGUGGAAGUUUUGGAAAGCCGUUCUUUGGUACAAACUGUUUCAGUUCCCCAUUUAUUAAUUCCCGGACUGGUUUCCACACAAUUCAUUCCGAGAACAGCCCGGUAAAGCCGAGGAUUGUCACUGUGGUAAAACCUUGUGGGCACACAGUGAGGAAGAUAACACUGCUCCUAAAUCGUCGAUCUGUCCAGACAUUUGAACAACUGAUUGCUGACAUCUCAGAAGCCCUUGGGUUUCCACGCUGGAAGAACGACCGUGUGAGGAAACUGUAUAAUUUGAAGGGAAGAGAAAUCCGAAGUGUUUCUGACUUUUUUAGAGAAGGCGAUGCCUUUAUAGCUAUGGGAAAGGAACAGCUAACCCCGAAGAACCUGGAAGCGGCAAUCCAAGAGCUUUUCCCUGACAACCCCUAUGCACCUCGCACUGGAACCACACAAAACUGGGAACAAACUCAGAAACCCAAAAACAGGCUGUAUGAAAAGUCUUCCAAAUUGGAAAAGAGCCUUGAGCCCAUAGCUGCCAAGAACUGUUUGGAUGCCAUAUCUCCUAAACUAAUUAAUAGGCAUGAAGUGACCAAGGUCAGGCAAGAGGAGAAGGUGAGGACCAAAAAGAGGUGGCUCAGAGAUAACUGGAACGAAGAGCAAGAUGCAAAGCCAUCUAGGAAAGCGAGAGAAAGCGAGAGAUAUUUUAAUCCAGAGAAAUGCCUUGAAAGUGAAGCAGAAAAGAGUUUGGACAUGAUAGUGAGAUGUGAGAAGUGCCAAAGAGAAAGGGAACUCAGGCAAAAACUGCAGAAGGAAAGACAGACUGAUCUUCCAUUUGAGAGCAGGGACUUGAGUAUGAGAACGUGUCAGAGAUAUCAUGUAGAAAGGCCAGUAAAAUUGAGAAAUUGCAGGAAAUUGUCAGAAAGCUCAGCGGAAGAGGGCAAAAUUACAUGGAACGAUGCUGCUUGUCAAAGUACCUGGACAGCCCCUCUCAGCCAUGCCAAAAAAGACUCAGAGAAGCAAAAAAGGAGCGUUGACAGAGAGCAAACUCUGGAAAGCCAUAAGCAUCACGAUGAAGAACUGGGAAAGAUGAAGCCCAUAGAAAGUCAGCGGACCACAGUAGGAGAUGCCUAUGAAUUAAAGAAGGAGCACCGAAAAUGUUCUAGGGUGAACCAAAGUUGUUGGUUGAUCAAGGGCUCUCGGACAGAUACUGAAAAACCAUUGACAAUUCAGGGGAAUAGGGAAGAGGUGCGGAAAUCGAAUGAGGAAGCUAAUGGAGAAGAGAAAGUAGGUCAUAGUGAGGGUGAACUGAUUAGGCAUGGAAGGGAGGAAGAACCUAAAGUCAACAAAGAGGUUAACAAGACGCGUAGGGCCAGUGACGCAAAGCUGAGACAUGAUGUCUCAAGCAGAGCAGAUGUGGAGAAGAGCUAUGAGAUUGGCAGGACCAUUGGAGACGGGAACUUUGCUGUUGUGAUGGAGUGUCAUCAACGCGACACUAAUCAGAACUAUGCUAUGAAAAUCAUCGACAAGUCCAAGCUGAAAGGAAAGGAAGACAUGCUUGAAAAUGAAAUACUGAUCAUAAAGAGCCUUUCCCACCCAAACAUUGUCAGUUUGAUUGAAGUGUUUGAAACCGAUGCAGAAAUAUACCUAAUCUUGGAGUACAUUCCCGGUGGGGACCUGUUUGAUGCCAUAAUCGAGAGUGUGAAAUUCACAGAACGCGAUGCUGCUCUCAUGAUAACUGAUCUGUGCGAAGCUCUCGUCUAUAUUCACGGCAAGAACAUUGUCCACAGAGAUCUUAAGCCAGAAAAUCUUCUGGUCCAGCGUAAUCCAGACAAAACUACCACAUUGAAACUAGCAGAUUUUGGCCUUGCAAAACAGGUGACCAAACCCAUAUUCACCGUGUGUGGAACUCCAACUUACGUCGCUCCUGAAAUACUGGCUGAGACUGGCUAUGGACUAGAAGUGGACAUGUGGGCUACUGGCAUUAUACUCUAUAUUUUGCUUUGUGGAUUCCCCCCCUUCCGGAGUCAUGAAAGAGAUCAAGAGGAGCUGUUUCGAAUCAUACAACUUGGGCAUUAUGAAUUUCUCUCGCCAUACUGGGACAACAUUUCGGCUGCUGCAAAGGACCUGAUCAGCAGACUCCUUGUGAUUGACCCCCAGAAGCGCUACACCGCCGAGCAAGUUCUUCAGCACCUGUGGAUCCACACAGCAGGGAAAAACAGCAGCAGGAACCUCCAAAGGGAGGUGACCAUCAAUCUUGAACGCCACUUUCUGAGCCAGCGCAAGGCUGAAGCUAGCAACAAAGACUCGUAAAAGGUGCAUCCAGGUGUACUUAAUGAGCCCACUGUAAAAGCACACUUAUCAUAUAUGCUUAAGGACUGAGCUCAGGGGAAAUCCAUUAUUCCUGUAUGAAGACAAAGCCUGCUGUGCCCCCAAAGUGAUUGGCUAGUUUCCUGUGAUGUUAUGUGCCCCAUUUCCUUCUUUCUACAGAGUUGGUUUUUUUUAAAAAAAAAAAUACUUGGUGAACAGCCUGUUUGAGCAACCUUGGGAACCCAACCUUGAAAUAUUUUGGUGGAGGACUGAAUUGGCCUUCAGUUUUCUGGUUAGCACAUCUGUCACUGGCUCUCCAGAUGCAGAAGGAAGCUGGGCUGGUCAUAGCUUCAUGGUAGAGCAUCUACUUUGGACGCAGGAGGUCCCAGGUUCGAUCCAGAGCAUCUCCUGGUAGGACUUGAAGCCCCAGAGAGCUGUUGCCAGUCAUUGUGUUCAGCACUGAGCUAGGUGAACUGUGGGUCUGACUCUGCAUGAGGCAGCUUCCUCAGUUUCUGGCCCAUGAAAUACGCAAUUUUUGUUCUUUUCUUUUUGGUACGUCUGUGUGCACCAAAAGGCUGCCUUAAUGUUAAUCUCGUUCUCCGAAUGCUUCCAACUUUUUCACCUGCACCUUUUCUUUGGAGUGAAGAAACCACGUUGUGGUGGAAGAGGAGGCAUAUUUUAAAUAGAACUCACUUUGAAAAUGCUACCUGCAAAGUCCUUGUUGAACUGUUAACUUAAAUGGGAUAAGAUUGAUUCUGUUUGUAAUCUGUCCACAGGUUAUAAUAAGUUUACAUCCUGGUCAGGAUCCUAAGAACUACUUUUAAGUGUGCAUGAGGACUUGUGAAUGUGUGUGCCCAAUGACAUUUUUUUUACUUAAAAGAGUAAAUGUCCGUACAGUUGUACCUUGGUUGAUGAACUCCUUGCGACUUGAACGUUUUGACUCCCGAACACCGCAAAGCCGGAAGUGCCUGUUCUGGUUUGCAAAUGUUCUUUGGGACGCGGCUUCUGCGGCUUCCAAUUGGCUGCAGGAGCUUCCUGCAGCCAAUCGUAAGCCCUGCCUUGGUUUCCGAACAUUUUGGAAGUCGAAUGGACUUCCGUAAUGGAUUCCAUUCAACUUCCGAGGUACCCUCAAUUUACAAAGUGCCCUCAAUUUACAAAGGCAGCUUGCCAAGGGGCAGUGAUAGGGAACUUCCAGCUUUCCAGUCUAGUUAGAUCUGCCAGGCUUCAGAGCUUAACCUGCCAGGCUUUUUGGAGCAAAACCACGGCCACCUUUCUGAUGUUGUAUAUGAUGUCAGGCCAGGGCAAGUUCAAGCGGCAACUGGAAUAAUAGAACUGUAGGAUUUGGAGUUUGUAGGGAGUCCAAUCCCCUGUAAUGCAGGAAACUCAGCUAAAGCAUCCAUGACAGAAGCUAUGGCGAAAAGGAAGACAAGUAAUGGGAGAGUGCUCGCAAUUCUUCCUUUGCAGGGACAUCGUUUCUUUGUAUCUCUGGCUUGAAUUCAAACCAGGCUAUAAAUGAAGCAUUGGGAGCUCACGUAGAGAGCACUCUUGGUUCCUUUCUUUGAAAGUUCUUGCCCUCCUGUCUGUGACUUGGCAUGGGUGAGGUUAUUAAGGACCUUGCCCCCAGCUGGAUACAGUUUCCUGGGCCUGCCACAGGGCACAAUUGGCUGUUUGAGAAACAUAAGAAAAAAGCUUCCUUUGGGAAUCUAAAACGAGUUGCUGGUUCUUCGGAUCCUGGCUAUUGAAUUCAGCCUUGGUGUUAUAAUUUUAUUUGUAGAUUUAAAGCAUUUGUAUCCUUUAUUGUUGAAGAACUGGGACGGUUCUCUCUGUACGUGUAGUGUAUGGGGGAACCUUGUUUCAAGUGUAUUUAGAUAUAUAUAUAUAUAUUUAUAAAUAGAUAAAUAAAUAGAUAUAUAGAGAUAUAUACAAACACACACACAUAAAAAUAUAAUAUUCUGGACACGUAAUAGAAAAUAUGAGAAAAGUUAAUAUGAUAUUGUGCUAAUAGGAUGUGAAUUAUCUUCAUAGCCUAAGAAAUUUUAUCCCCUUAUAAAUAGUGAAGAGUUGGAACAUAUAAGUACAGGAUUCCUUUUCUUUUAGAUAUGGUAUCAAACACAGUCAGUCCACAAAUCUAUGCUGCAACAGAUAUUUCUAUUUCCAAUAUUAAGCAAUUCAAAUCUUUAAUUUCUCAUACUUUCUUUGGGACAUCAUAUUUAAGUUGUUGCUCUGUACAGCCCAUGAGAGAAAAAAACAACACGAGUAUUUCCUGCUUCAGUAUAAACUUUAGCACUGAGUCUGGCACUUCAACCAGGAAACUUUAAAUUCUGAGGUUGCAUGCAUUCCAGCUUCAGGGGUUUGCAACAUCAGCAUCUAAAGCUGAUGUUGCCAGAUUUGGUAAAAACGCUGGGAGGUUUGCCAUCUGCCCUGCCCUGUUCACUCGCUUCUGUCUCCUUCACGUCAAGCUCCAGCUUCUACCUUUAACUGAAUUAUGACCAAGGCCAGCCCACCUAUGAGGCAAGGGGAAGCGACUGCCUCAGAUGGCAGCAUCUGCCGGGCAGCAGAUCCAGCCUCCAAGGAAUGUAUCGCUUGCAGCAAUGGCUACAGCAUGGUCUUUGGAGGCUGGAUCUGGUGAAUAGAAGUGGCCUCAGCAAAUAGGUCUCUUUCCACUACUAAGGAGGAAAUGUCAGGGGCUGCCUUCUGGAGUCUCCCCGGGGGGGGGGGGGGGUCCUGUACCUGCUUGGUGUGAUUCAGACUAGGCCCUUUUCUCCCCCAUUAUGCCCUUUGAUUCCCACUUUUAGUAAGGUUGAUUUGAUUCCUUUGCUUUCCCCCCGAUACAGAUCUUCCCUCCCCCUUUUGCUUCUGAUGUAGAUAUUUAUUCCCCACUUGUUCCCGAUGUAGAUCUUUUGCUCACCUUUUCCUCCCAGGUGGGCAGGAUGACGCCAUUUUGUUUUUCGCCUCAGGUGCCAAAAUGUCUUGAGCCGUCCCUGGUUUUGACUGUCUGUAUCCCUGAUAAUAUUGUGAGAAGCUAGUGAUAUGUAGGGAGAAAUAUGAAGGCUGAUCAAUCAAUCAAUCAAAUUGAUGUUCACUCUAGAGAAACCAAUUUUUCAUGUUUCCAGAACAAAGUUCCAAUUUCCCCAGCAACUCUGGUUACUACUUACAAAGGAAACAGAUCUAUAUGUGUAGAUUUAGCUAGAGCAUGGAAAUGGAUGGAAAUUCACAUGGAGCAUGGAAGUGGAUGAUUGCGACACAACUCGUCCAGAGCUUCACCUUUGUUCCUUCUCCAUCUUCAGUUUCACGGGGUGGGAAGAAUCAAAGCCUGUUUCUAGGUCUCUCUCCGCUGCAAAUUUGCCAGCACUCUUUUUGUCUCUUUAACUUUUCAUCCCUUGUUUUUACUGUUCUAGAUUGUAACACUGAAAAAUUAAACAAAAACUCAGGAAUAUCUUUCUUGGUGGUGUCUGUCUGUUAAACAGUCCCCCCCCCUCUUUACGGAAUAGCCUCUGGUGGGGAAAGCUCGUUUUGGGAACUUUGAGGAAGGAAGCUGUGUAUAGUAGACUUGUAAAUGCUAUGGGCCUUAUUUAAGCCAACAUGGAUUUACAUUCCUGAUUACUUCUAGCAACGGGAUUAAAAACACGAAUGAUAGUUAACAAUAUAAAUACUUUCCACUAGAUUUUGAUGUUUGAACUUUGAGAAUGGGACAGUUCACACUUCUCACAAACAAGCUAGAUCAGUGGUUCCCAGGCAUUUCUCUCCAUGGAAUUGCUUAGAGUCUUGGCAGACCACUUAAUAUUUUUUUCCCCUCCGUUGUAGCAUGCUUUGUUAGAUGCUGUAUGAUUUUUCAUUGUAUUUUUUAGAGACAUACCUUGGACCACCUGAAUCGAGUUUAUGGUGAUCUGCAGUCCAUAGUUUGGGAAGCCCUGACUUGGACAGCUAAGCCUGAUGUAGUCAUGUCCAAAAUGGAGUACAUGAGUUUACUUUAGUGUAUUGGCAAGAGUGUGUGGGUGAAUAUUUGCCCCUCCCCAAUUUUAGUUAUCUGCUCCAUCUUUCCAGGAACUUGCCUGCCCAGCUCAAUACUUGUACCAGCUCAACCUGGAAGAAAUUUGAAGUGAUACGGUAACUUAAAGCAGAGGUAUCUCCAUACACCAAGUGUUCCUUUUGGUGUCAAAAUUAAUCUCUACCCCUCAUGUUAAUUAAGAAUGGAAAACACCUGUUUUCCAUGAUGAAACAGCCACAUUUGCUUAUCUUGAAAACAUACAGACAAUGGUCUAUUUGGCCCGCAAGUGGCAUUCCGUGUCAGUUUAUCCAUUCUAACGCUGCUCCUAAGCUUUCGUUUCAGAACGCUAUUAAUGGGGCUUCACCUACUUGGCUAUUUGGUGUUUCUGCAUUAAAAAAAAGUUCCUGCUUGAUUAGUAGGCAUUGCCAAAGUGACUUUUCUCCAUCGAGAAGUAUAAGUUUUGUCCUUCGUGCAAAAAACUUGUAAGUCUGGCCCCUGAAAUUCUGCACAAAGUACCAGCAUUUUGCACAUCUAUAAUGGGCACUCACACUUUACAUUGUGGGUGCCCUAUGCAGGAUCGUGCGCGGUGCUACAGUUCCCAGGGAACUUAAUGGCAAAAGGGGCUGGCCUGCCUCUAGUGUUAUUAUUUGGAGGUUCACACCCAGCAUCAGUAGUCAUGUUUCAUUGUUGGGAGGUGGGGCCAGUCCCAUUUAUAUA